GCGCACCAAGUGACAUCCUUUCCGGUCUAACCUGACAACAUGGACGCCAGCCGCGUGCAGCCGAUCAAGCUCGCCAGAGUCACCAAGGUGCUCGGAAGAACUGGUUCCCAGGGACAGUGUACACAGGUCCGUGUUGAGUUCAUGGACGACAGCAACCGCUCCAUCAUCAGGAACGUGAAGGGCCCCGUCAGAGAGGGAGAUGUGCUGACACUUCUGGAGUCUGAAAGAGAAGCCAGGAGGCUACGAUAGUGCCCCCUGAGCUGUGAGAGUCGAGACCAAUACAGUGAGGAAUGACUCGAUAUCACUUGUUCAGAUGCUAUGAAAUAAAUGUGGUCUUAUUUGACACUUGUUCAGAUGCUAUGAAAUAAAUUUGGUUAUUAAGAUCACA